CCUCUUUUUUUUUCCAAUCAUGGCAUCAAUCCUCCUCAAAACCCUAAUCGGCUUCGGUGCCAUCACUCCUCCUCCCAAAUCCUCUUCCCUUCAUCCCAAUUCCACCAGAAUUUCUCCCAUUUCUUGCCGGAAUAGCUACUCCCGGUUUGGUUUUUCAGUUCAUUCCAGCAAUUCCUUGUUUGAUGCUGCCUUUUCUGUUGGAUUUGGAGCCAUGAGGCGGGGGUUUUGGGCUUCUAAUGCGGUCUCUAAUGGUGGGUCUGGUGGUGACGGAGGUUUUCGAGGGUGGGAUGGAAGUGGGGGGUCGAGUGGAGGAGAUGAGGGCGGGGAUGAUGUUUCUUCCAUCUUUCAAUGGUACUCAAUGGCUCUUGAUAAACACCCAGUGUUAACAAAGUCCAUCACAUCUGCACUUUUAACUCUUAUCGGAGAUUUAAUCUGCCAGCUUAUGAUCGAACAAGCAUCUAAAUUGGAUUUAAAGCGAAGCUUAAUCUUUACUACCUUAGGAUUUGUGUUGGUGGGCCCCACGUUGCACUUCUGGUAUCUAUCCUUGAGUAAUUUGGUAACAACAACUGGUGCGUCAGGUGCAUUUUUACGUCUAUUGCUUGAUCAGUUUCUCUUCUCUCCCAUCUUCAUAGGAGUUUUUCUAUCCUUAGUUGUUAUCUUAGAGGGGAGGCCUUCUCAAGUUGUACCAAAGCUCAAACAGGAAUGGCCUUCAUCAGUGGUAGCAAAUUGGCAGUUAUGGAUACCUUUUCAAUUUCUCAACUUCCGAUUUGUCCCCCAACAAUUUCAGGUUCUUGUUGCUAAUUUUGUGGCUCUUGCCUGGAAUGUGAUACUAUCAUUCAAAGCUCAUAGAGAAGUGGUUCUGAAAUAGAGACAACUACUUUUCGAGUAUUCGGAGAAUAGCCAAGAUCAAAAUUGUUGGCAAGAUAUAUUCAUGCCGACUAUUAAGAGCCUCACUUAACCUCUCGUCGGCUAUUUAACACCUGAUACUUUUUCAAGAGUCGUUUUUGCUCUCUUCGGUCAUGGUUGACAAGAAGAAAAUGACCGAUGAGGUUUUCUUUAGUUUGAAAUAUGAAAUUUUGGUUUAUUUACUCUGCUUGAUGUGCUCUGGAUCUUUGAUCAUUUCUUGAAGAUCUUAGUUUUAAAAAAUGCCUAGCUUGUAAUGCCAACCUUCCCAUCCUGAAAUGCAGGUCAUUUAUGGAAUAUUCUUCAUCAUUGAUAUCA